AUACAUUUAAAGUAUAUAGUUUCUAGUUAUUUCGUGCCAGGUUUAAAAAAAAGUUUAACAAAAACCAGGUAUCGGAAACGUCUUAUCGGCGCGAAACCACGCUGCGAUAAGAUAGCCCUGCGCCCAACCACCCAGUCGGAGGUAUUGCCGAGGUCUGAGUUUUUUAUAUUUGUUUAUUUUUAAUUUAUCGAGAUACGGAUCCCUAACCGAGAUAUGAACUUAACUGAUCGGUGAUUACACGAACCUGACCGAUCAAAAUGUGUGAACCUAACCGACCUAAGUGAUCUAAAUAUCGGUUAGCGAAUCUAACCGAUCAGGAUGUGAACUUUAUCGGUCAGGAUAGUGAAGUUGAUCAGUCGUCAAAAUGUGAACUCAACCUUUCAGAAUGUGAACAGAGUAGAACCGCACGUUGUGGACAUAGCGCGGAAUAGUACACGUUAUUUUAAAAUAUAACAUUUUAUAGUAACUAAGGAUUUUGGAACAUAUCCUUGGCGAUUGAUUACGUUUAUCACCGAGAGAGUGGUUAUGUGAAGUAAACAAGACCUCGCGCAAUCUCGCGUCAUAUCGCAAAUUGUUUCAGUUUCGUAAAGAUUGUUUUGUAUUAUCGAAAUGUUUAAAAAAUGUAUUUAUUCUACUCUUUAGACUUUCUCGCACGUAUCGGCAGCUGAAACUUAAACGUCAAACAUGACGUCAAAGUUAAUUAAUAACAUUGAUUAAAAGUGUGAAAUUGUUUUCGAAAAGGAAUAGUAAUUAGAUAAUAUUUAUCUUCCAAAUAUAUUUUGCUCUUGCAAAGAGCAUCUUUCAACUGACACCAAUCUUCUCGCGCAUAUAUACGUGACAGAUAUUUUCAUCCGUUACCAAACGCGAACUCGAUUUUGCACUCCGCUUGGAGCUUGAGAAAAUCAUCGAAGUGAUCGCCGCGCCCGGAAAGGGAUUGCUGGCCUGCGACGAGUCACCGUCGGCUAUGGACGAGAAGUUCCAGGAGAUCGGCGCUGAAAACACUGAGGCCAAGAGACGCGAAUAUCGGGAGAUGCUGCUGUCUGCGAAUAAGCUCUCGCGAUACAUCAGCGGCGUGAUUCUGCAUCACGAGAUGAUUUAUCAGACAACGUCGGAAGGCGUGGAUUUUGUUGAGUUCCUGCGCCGAAGAAAGAUUCUGGCUGGCGUGAAGGUCGACAAAGGCCAAGUGCCGCUCUUCGGUACCGAAGACGAGACGACCACGCAGGGUCUCGACGACUUGCAUCGGAAUUGCGUUCGCUACAAAAAGGACGGCUGUCACUUUGCCAAGUGGAGAUGCGUCUUUUCCAUCUCGGAGCAACGCCCCAGCCGGCUGGCCAUGACCACUAACGCAAACGUUCUUGCGAGAUUCGCCAGUAUCUGUCAGAGCGCGCGGAUGGUCCCUAUAGUGGAACCGGAAGUACUCAGCAGAGGUGAACACGAUAUCGAUCGGGCGUUGCAGGUUCACGAGGAGAUGCUGUCCAUCUUGUUCCGCGUGCUGAACGAGCACCGCGUGUACCUCGAAGGGAUGAUACUGAAGACGGCGAUGGUGUUGCCGGGAAUCACGAACGUGAUCCAAUUCACGCCACAGAUCAUUGCCGAAUACACGAUAAGAGCGUUCAAGAGAACAGUUCCGGUUGCAGUUCCGGCGAUAUUUUUUCUAAGCGGCGGCCAAACCGACGAGAACUCCAUCUUGAAUCUCAACGCUAUUAACGUGUGCAACGAUAAGAAACCAUGGAGACUCAGUUUCUGCUAUGGACGUGCUCUGCAGGAUACAGCGAGAAGAAUUUGGAAUAACAAACCGGAGAAGGUAGAAGAAGCCCAAGAGAUGCUCCUCAAAAGAGCCAAAUUGUGCUCCGAAGCGUCGUUAACUCGCAAAGAACGAUACACGCGCUUCAACGAUCGUCGACGUUAUUUGAGAUUGAUAGAAAAAUCGACAGAGAAAAAUCACAUAGAGGACGCGUUCUUCCUUUGACCUCAGGUUUUAGGGUCAAUAAAAUGAAAGCCGAUCUCGACCAGCUGAUCGCGCGUGUACCUCCUCGCCUCGCCAUUGACGACCCUAUGUGGUUG